UGCCGUGACUCUACGUGCGUAGCGUCCGCAGCCGAGCAGACGCAAAAGCGCGAGACAUCAUCAUCAUCAGACAACAGCAAUAUUCUGGAUUAAUUCAGCCGCACAGAAGAGACGCAGUCCGCAAAAAACCAUAAGUGAUCGUGCUGCCAGAUCGACAUUAUGAACCCUGUUUAUAGCCCUGCGUCAUCAGGGGUUCCUUAUACCAACCAUAAAGGAAUAGGAUACCCAGCAGGGUUCCCUGUCGGUUAUGCGGCGGCAGCUCCAGCAUACUCUCCCAGUAUGUACCCUGGUGCUAACCCAGCCUUUCCCACAGGUUAUGCUCCCGGGACCCCUUUUAAAAUGUCUUGCUCCCCAACAACCGGUGCUGUACCCCCCUAUUCCACAUCACCCAACCCCUACCCUGCUGCCGUCUACCCGGUGAGAAGUCCCUACCCCCAACAGAACCCCUAUGCACAGCAGCAAGGCACUUACUACACACAGCCCCUUUACGCCGCCCCGCCCCAUGUCAUUCAUCACACGACAGUGGUCCAGCCCAAUGGCAUGCCGGCAGCCAUGUAUGCUCCUCCCAUUCCUCCUCCCCGCCCGAAUGGAGUCAUGGGAAUGGUUGGAGGCACCACCAUGGCAAUGUCAGCUGGAACAUUAUUAACUACUCACUCUCCGACCCCAGUCGCGCCCCACCCAUCAAUGCCUACAUACCGCCCACCUGCCACACCCACCUACAGUUACGUGCCCCCGCAGUGGUGAACACGACAGAAACUGUCAAAAGAUGGUAGAUAUGCAUUCACACUGUCCAGUAUUUUUAAAAUCGGAGCUGACACUGUUAUCAGCACUGUUGCUCUUCCUUCCAAACAUAAUGUGAAUCCGACUCCAGCUGGCAGAUGAAAGGAAACGUUGGAACGGGAAAGAAAACCAUCCCAAUCCAGCUCCGUUACUUCGCAUUCGUCACUCAUUCUACGACAUAUCUCACGGCCGAAGACCAGACAAGCUCUUCAUUUUUGUUGUGUGGACUGUCUUGCAGUUUUUAGCUAACUCUUUAAUUGGUGAAACUGGAAGGGAGUUGGAAUUAGUUUUUACUUAUUGAAUGCAUGUACAGUAUAUAUUUAAAAGAAACGAACAAUAAACAAAAGCGCUAGCUAACUCUACAAGCUAUGACAGAUGCAGUAUCAUCAGCAAAAGGGAUAGGGGGAAACAAUUGUAUAUUAAAUGCAAUGUCUUAAUUGUUAUUUCAUACAAAAUAUUAAUAACGUUAGCAUUUAAAAGUUUCUUCUCGUUUAGUUUUCCUGGUUUUACUUUUGGGUAUCUGCAGUUACAGGCAUGGUUUGACUUCCCUGGGUAACACUGUUUGUUGCUCAUGGGAACGGGGCUUUUAAGAGUUUGUGCCUCUGCUUCCAACGGCUGUUUUUAUUUGAUUGGUUUUAUCAUUCGACAUGCUCUCGCUGCAGUUAAUCGUUGCACUACUUGCCUGUGUGUGUACAUAAAUUGGUUGGUUGAGCUGUAUUGGUGCUGAGAGCAUGCUUUACUCAUUUGUGUGCCUCUGGUUUGGUUUUCUUAAUAUUUUAAAAGCCUGACCGAAAGAUUGACAAUGGAAUCAUUGCUAAAUUUAAAAUGGUGAAUUGCUUAUGUGUUUGGUUAAUUAAAAAGAGAACUCGAUUAAGUUUAUUCGAUAACACUACUGGUAACCUUUGAGAAGGUGAAUUUGAGUUAUUUAGUUAUUAUGAACCCAAAUCUCUACAUUGCUUGUUACCUCAAGAUUACACCUUGACUGACUGAAUUUCAUUGUCUUUUUAUUUUAUGCAUUGCCUUUGUCACUUCGGUUAAAGAAUGUUUUGUAAUGUUUAAUGUGUUUUUGUUUUGUAUUUUCGAGAAAGACCAAAAAAUAAAUACAAUAAUAAACUGG